AUGGUUUCAAUAGCUGAACAUAUUGGUGUUAAUACAAUCUUGAGCGCACCAAGAGAUAUUCAUCUUAUUUUGAUCGCAAGAUGCACCAGGCUUGCAGCUUUUGGUGCCAUAAGUUUGAUCCUGGUUCAAUAUUUGAAAUCAAAAGGUAUUAAUGAGACAGAAAUUGGUAUUCUUUUAACAUUCACACUAGUUGGUGACUUGAUUUUUUCAUUUUUGUUAGCGUUGGUGUCUGAUUCAUUAGGAAGAAGAAAAAUUUUGUUGCUAUCGUCUCUUCUUAUAACACUCACUGGUGCACUUCUUUAUUAUUUUGAGAACAUAUUUAUAAUUUCAAUUGUUAUGAUAUUUGGUGUUGUUACAACUUCCGGAGGUGAAGUUGGUCCAUUUAGGUCAAUAGAACAAUCAGCUAUCUCAAGUCUCACUAGAUACGAGGAUAGAUCAGACAUUUUCUCUUGGUAUACAUUUACAGGAGGGUUUUCAGCUGGGCUGGGAUCCUUGGUUAUUGGUCUCUUGGUUGGAAAAGAUAAGUAUGAGGUCUGUUUCCUGUUUUACACUAUAAAUGGAAUGAUUUUAUUCAUCUUGAACUUUUUACUUUCUUCAGAGAUUGAAAUUGAGAAUGACAUUACAGUUAAAGCUAGUGAAAGGUUGACUCCAGAAUCAGAAACUUUAUUGGGAGGUGACAGUGAAGAAAUCGAAGAGCCAGUAACUCCAAAUGAAAAGAAAUCAUUGAUUUGGAAGCUUGUCCCAAAAUUCUCGCCUGAAUCUUUGAAGAAGUUAUUAAUUCUGACGGUUUUGAUCUGUUUAGAUUCCUUAGGGAUGUCUUUAAGUACCAAGGCCUGGACUGCUUACUAUUUCAAGAUCAGAUAUGCUUUAAGCUCGUCUUCGUUAGGGCUAAUUUUCGGGACUGCUGCUAUAAGUGGUGCAUUGAUGGCACUUGUUGGUACAUACUUUUGUAAAAAGUACGGGCCUAUCAGAACAAUGGUUACUGUUCACACCACUGCUUCAGUUAUGCUGGUCAUGAUGGCUUUGCCUAUAGGUAUGAGAGAAAUGGUGACUUUGUUCCUUACAAGAUCUUUAAUCAGAACAAUGGAUUUACCAUCAAAACAUGUGUUUAUCUCUGCAACAGUAGAGCCACAAGAGAGAACAGCUGCAAUUGGAUUUAUAAAUGCAAGCAAAACGCUUGUCAACACUUUCGGUCCUCUUAUUAGUGGUGUUUUGGCAUCAAAAGAUAAAAUGUGGUUGUGUUUUCUGGUUGCCGGGAUUUUGAGGCUUUCUUAUGAUGUUGGACUGUACAUCAACUUUUGGGAUUUUAAAGAUGAUGAAUAA